UCGCUAAUUUGGCAGCAAGGCUGAAUACCAGAAUGAUCUCCUCCUACACAGGGCCAACCAGCCUCACCUUGGUGCAAGACAACGGUGCUUCAAUGUAUAUGCAUGCUUAAUGUAAUAGAACUCAUCAGUAACUUUCCAACUGAUGCUGUGUUUACUACCACAGUUGCCUACAACCUUGUUGCAUCUCAAGCCUAUGAUAUCGAAAUCGACUGGAUUGAUUACGGAGGACCUGGAGGCAUCACCCUCAAGUGGGACAUCGGCGCUGGCUCUGUACCUAUUCCUGCAGAGAGGUUUGCAAUCAAGUCUGAUGUAGGAAAUUCUCCAGUUCAGAUUUCUGUAGGAUGUCAAUCGAAAUAUGAGCAAACUCCUUCAACUACUGAUCAGUGCAGGCCUAAAUGAGGGGAUGGCUUCGUAGUUGGCACUGAAGCUUGUGACGAUGCAAACACUGCCGAUGGAGAUGGGUGCAAGUCUGACUGAACUACUGUAGAGACUAGUUGGGUCUGAUCAGGAGGAACAACAAUGGCUAAAAGUAUCUGAACUGAAUGCACACAAGGUUUUUACCAAAACGACCUAUCAAACCCAACUUACUGAGUAACCCAUUGAGGAGACGGAUAUAAAGUAGGCACAGAAGUCUGCGACGAUGCAAACACUGCUGAUGGAGAUGGGUGCAAAGCGGAUUGAACAGCAGUAGAGUCUAGCUGGGCUUGUUCAGGAGGUUCAUCAAUAUCAAAAAGUGAAUGAACUGAAUGUACUUUGGGAUUCAUCAGAAUGAUCCUUUAAACCCUACAGCAUGAAUUACUCAAUGAGGUGACGGAUAUAGAGCAGGCU